AUGUCAACUUUUACUGAUUCUAGAGAUAAAUCGCCGGCGAAAACUGUAAGCCGUCUGGCCUCAACCGACGACUCUAUGGUGGAAAGUACAGAUGAUGACGUUGAUUCAUCAGAUGUAGAUGCAAAAGCAGAAAAAGAGUCGCAGCUGGAUGAUUUAAGCAAAAGAACAAAAAUGUUGAUGGCAGACUUCAAGAAACCUCUGCUACGCCCACUGGACUCAUCUAGGGUUGAGGUAUCGCCAGCAAGCGCUGUUCUAGAUGUACCUGAGCAGAGAGCAAUGAUAAGCGAAGGCGUACAGGGCGUAUGUACUUGGCGAUACGGUGGAAGUGGACAAUGA